ACUGCUCAUCCCUGGCUGACGGACCCACUCACUGCCCUACAUCUCUCCUGCUCCCCGCGCGCUGAGCGGAAUGGUUCCUCCCAGAUCCAGUGAGGUCAUGGCCACAGCGCUGCGCGGAGCAGAUCCGCCGCGGCUCGCUGAAAACUGAGCGCUCGCCUGUUAUUUACCCGGAUCUCCGACAUGACCCCACCAUGUAGGAGACUGUAGCGGCCUGGGAGAGAGCGGGCGGGCCGCGGUGGUGAGCCGUCAGUGGGCGGGCGAGUUUACCGACGCGCCGCAGAGUGACGGGCUGGCUGGCAGGAGCUGCAGUGGCUGGCGGCUGGCGGGGGCAGCUCGCGUUAGCGCAGUGUGUGGAGGGAGGUGAGCGCCUCCUCAGCAGCAGCAGCAGCAGGGCCGGGGGGACCGAGUGAUUCUCGUUGUUGGGAGCCGCUGUGGAGAGCUGGGUGAAUUUAUCACAGACAGAAACGAGCGGAUCAGCAGCUUCCAGAGAUGCGGGAGUCUCUGACUGACCAGAGCCCAAACGAAGGACACAGCCUGGCCGCUGACAGGCGCAGGAUGCUCGCUCCAUACUGCCGGGGAAGAUCCAUGUGGACAAGAGGCGUGCCCUAAUCUCCCAGCCCCUCCCAGGACCUCUCCCUGUCUCCUCCUCUUGGUGUAUCUUCCUGUUUGUUGCAUUGCUGAUACCAUGACGUCCACGCUUCAGACCCUGGCCUUCAAGCUGGCUCCUCCCCCGAGAGAAAUUGGGCCGGAGCCGUUGGAGCCGUGCAGUGACGGGACACCGCGGCGGUAUGAGGUGGUGCCCUCAGUGGUCUGCUCCAUGUGCUGUCUGUUCGGCAUCAUCUACUGCUUCUUUGGUUACCGCUGCUUCAAGGCUGUGCUCUUCCUAACGGGCCUGAUGUUCGGCUCGGUCAUCAUCUUCCUGCUGUGCUAUAAGGAGCGGGUGCUGGACACGCAGCUGAGCGUGGAGGCCAGCGUGGGCAUCGGCCUGGGCAUCGGCACGCUGUGCGGCCUGGUCACCAUGCUGGUCCGCAGUGUGGGGCUCUUCAUGGUGGGUCUGCUGCUGGGCCUGCUGGUGGGAAUCGGUACGCUGGUGGGUAUGGAGGAGCUGUCGUCCCAGCCUCCACGCUCCGUCUGGGUGCCGCUGGGCGUGUUGCUGGGUCUGGGCAUGCUCUUCGCUGUGCUCACCCUGCAGUGGCAGCGCUGCUUCACCACCCUGUCCACGGCAGUCUUCGGUGCAGCCGUCAUCAUUGUAGCCACCGACUACUUUGUGGAGCUAUUUGCCCUGGUGCGCUACGUGUACGAGCGGGUGAAGGCAGCGCCCGCACUGCCACAGUGUUGGGUCACCUGGGUGAUGCUGGGGGCGUGGCCUGCUCUUGCCCUGCUGGGAGUGCUGGUGCAGUGGAGGGUGACCGCCGAGGGCUACUCCCACACUAAAGUGAUGAUAAGCCGGCAGCAGCGGCGGGUGCAGCUGAUGCGGAUCAGACAAAAGGAGGAGAGGCGCGAGAGUAGCAGGAAAAAGCGACGGAAGCAGCAGUCGCAGCACUCACACCACACUCAUGCAGCCAAAGCCAUGCACCCCGAGCCAGCCUACCGCAGAAAACCCAACCCCGUCCGCCGAUACGACGGAGACGUCCUGUCACCUAGCUACAUCCAGAGUUUCCGUGAUCGGCAGGUGGACGGCAUGUACCCCGGAUCCAGACUCUCUGGCGGCCACACUGCUGUAGACAUGGACUACGACUGCGGCUCCACUGUACCCCUCACCGCUGGGGCUGGACCCAACCUCCGAGUGUGACAUUACCACACACUUAAAACACACACUCGCACGCACAUGCACACAAACACACACUCCUCUCGCUAUUGUGGUGCUGUCCCUGACUUCUACACAGUUCUACACCAACUGCCUCCUUUCCAGUUGAUCAGAGAGCGGCAGGUCUAAGCAUGUUACUGACGGGCUGUGGCGGGUGUGUUCAAGGCUUAAACACACACACACACUCACACACACACACACACACACACACAGACACACACCCCACAUACAAACACUGAACAUGUGCCUGACUUCUGGCACCUUGUUACCCAAAAAGACUUGGUGCAGCGCAUUGAGCGACUAUAAACGAAGAAAUGAAUAGAAUCUGGGCUUGUUUACUUCACAUUGUUUUAUACAUCAGUGUCAAAGCAGUGUGAUGAGCAUCCAUAAAUGUUCGGUGUCCGUCCUGCAUUACUGCGUCUUUCUUUCUAGUGAGGAGUUCUUUAUCUCUUGGUGCUGAAACUUUUGUCUUUGUAAUCUUUUAACGCUGACUGCCCUCUGCCCUGCCACCUCUCAACUAUAGAGCUUAAAGCUGACGAAGUAUUUGAAUCUGCAUUUUGUCCGUCUGUUGAAUUAAAUUUGCGUGACUUUAGUUCAAUUUAAAAUAUUGUUGAAUUGAGCUUGUAAGGUGGUGAAUUUUUUUUUUAUUAAAUAUUUAUUUUAAAAUAUAUUUAACAUUUUUAGAUUCAUACAUUUACAGAUUCAUAAAUUCAAAUCUCUUUUAGAUGUUUUAAAUCAAAUAUUGUUUCAAAUUUUCUUCUAUAUUUGGAAGAACAAUUACGCCACUUACUCACUGGAACUC